AUGAACUCUCUCCGCUACGUCCGCCCAGUGGCCUCACGGCUGCAGCCGUCGACGCUGCCGCGCAUGGCCGCCCGCGGCUUCGCCAGCGCCAACUACGAGUACAUCCAGGUGUCGCAGCCCAAGCCCGGCGUCGGACAAGUGACCCUCAACCGCCCCAAGGCGCUCAACGCGCUCUGCACGCCCCUCAUCAACGAGCUCAACACAGCGCUGCGGGCCUUCAACGAGUCAGACGACACGUCGGUCAUUGUGCUGACGGGCUCGCAAAAGGCGUUUGCCGCGGGGGCCGACAUCAAGGAGAUGGCGCCGCUGACCUUCUCCGAGGCCUACACCAAGGCCUUUAUCGAGUCGUGGUCGCUGCUGACGACCGAGGUCAAGAAGCCCAUCCUCGCGGCCGUGUCGGGCCACGCGCUGGGCGGCGGGUGCGAGCUCGCCAUGAUGUGCGACGUGCUCUACUGCACCGAGGGGGCCAACUUUGGCCAGCCCGAGGUCAAGCUCGGCACGAUCCCCGGCGGCGGCGGCAGCCAGCGGCUGACGCGGGCCAUUGGCAAGUCCAAGGCCAUGGAGCUCAUCCUCACGGGCAAGUCGUUCAGCGGCGUCGAGGCGGCGCAGUGGGGGCUCGCCGCGCGCGCGUUCCCGACGUACGAGGCCCUUAUGGAGGAGACGCUCAAGACGGCCGAGACGGUGGCGGGGUACUCGCGCGUCGCCGUCCAGGCGUGCAAGGAGGUCGUCAACAAGAGCCAGGACCUCGGGCUGCGGGACGGCGUCGAGUUUGAGAGGCGCGUCUUCCACAGCCUGUUUGGCAGCAACGACCAGAAGAUUGGCAUGAAGGCGUUUGCCGAGAAGAAGAAGCCCGAGUGGACGCACUCGUAG